UACUUUCAUUUUCUUUUUUUAAAAGUUUAUUCAAAUCAUUGUUUUAUCGAACAAAGUUUUUUUUUUGAAUUUUAAAUUAAACUUCGAAUUCGGUUUUUUAACAUUCGGUUAAUCCUUGUUGUUGUUUUGAAUUCCAAAACAAAUUCCAGUUAUUAUCAGUAUUUUCAAUAUUGGAAUUUGAAUUUGAGCUGAAAAUUAAGUUCAACUAAAAAACACAAAUCAUUAUAAUGUCGAUGAAAAUAUUGAAAUUGAAUCGUUUAUUUCGGUUUUAUGGCCAACAAAAUGCUAAAUUAUUGACUACAACAUUUCCAACGGCUGAAUAUAUAAUAAACGGUAAUAAUAAACGUAAUGUUACUACCGAUUUAUUUACAUCCGAAUUUUUACCGCCAUAUGUAAAUUUACCCUAUUCAUAUGCAUUUGGUCGUAGUCUAAAUCAUAUCCUUUAUAAAACGGUUGGCAAUUGUUUUGAUGAUCGUUUAAAAAUUGAAAAUGGACAACCAGUAAUUGUAAGCCAUCAUGAAAAUAUUCAGAAAACUUUUUCGGAAUUCUAUCAAGAUGUUAAUCGAUUAGCUAAAGCAAUGUAUGAACAUAUUGGCAUCAAAAGAGGUGAUGUUGUAGGUCUUUGGAGCUGUAACACUUAUGAUUGGAUUGUCAUACAAUAUGCAUGUUUUCGUAUCGGAGCUGUCUUAUGUACUGUCAAUCCAUUUUAUCAGACAUAUGAGCUUGAUUAUGCAAUACGUAGAGGCAAAAUGAAAGCAUUAUUUAUGCCAGGACAUAAAUCACAACAAGAUAUUGUUAAUCGAUUUUCAUCAAUCAUGAUGAAAACGUUGAACAUGGAAGAGAAAAAGGAUGAUGAUAAAAUACCAUUUCUUCUUGAAAAUAUUGUAACAAUGGAUGGCGAUACUUUUAAUGAUUUGAAUUCAUCAGUUAAAAAUAAUCGUAAUAUUCGUGUUUUGGAAUUAGAAAAAUUGAAACAACAAACUGGUGAACUAGAUUCAUCUAUAACAAAUUUGGUUUUACCGGAUGAUCCGGCUGUAAUAAUGUUUACAUCGGGUACAACUGGUCGUCCUAAAGGUGCAUGUCUAUCACAUUUCAAUAUAGUAAACAAUUCAAAAAUGUGUGCAUAUAGAGCUGGUGUAAAAGAAAAUUCAAUUUUCUGUGUUCCGUUACCUUUUUUUCAUGCAUUUGCCGGUAUUCUUGGAAAUUUAAUACCGAUUGCAUCGGAAACUGGUCGAUUAUUAAUACCAUGUUUAAAAUAUGAUGUUAGACAAUUAGCACGAUCAAUUUCGGAACAUAAUGCCACACAUUUGUUGGCGACACCAACAUUGGUAAUAGAUUUGUUAAAUUAUCUUCGUGAUAAUCAACUUCAUGUACCUACAUUAUGCGAAGUAUUGGCUGGUGGCGCUUCGAUGCCGAUUGAAGUUGCAUAUCAAUUUAUGGAAUUUGCACCCAAUUGUAAAGUACGUGUAGCAUAUGGAGCCACUGAAACAUCACCGUGUGCAACAACAUAUUCUGUUAAUUCAACAGUUGAAGAAUCAAUUGAAACGGUCGGUUCACCUCUGGAUUUUGUUGAAAUUAAGCUAGUUAAUCCGAAGACAAGACAAAUUGUUAAAAUCGGUGAGACUGGUGAAUUACACUGUCGUGGUCAUGUUAUCAUGUCAGGUUAUUGGUCUGAACCGGAAAAAACAAAAGAAUCCAUUGAUGAAGCUCAUUGGUAUAAUACAGGUGAUUUGGCUGUUAUGACUGAAAAAGGUUUAAUAAAAAUUAUUGGUCGUACUAAAGAAUUGAUCAUUGUUGGCGGUGAAAAUGUUUAUCCUCGUGAGAUUGAGGAAAUUUUAUACACUCAUCCGGCUGUCGAAACUGUCAAUGUUAUUGGUGUACCAGAUCAACGUAAAGGCGAAGAAAUCUGUGCAUGGGUACAGCUACACAAAAAUGUUCAAGCUACUGAAGAUGAAUUACGAGAAUUCUGUAAAGAACGACUGACAUAUUUUAAAGUUCCCAGAUAUUUCUUAUUUGUCGAUUCAUAUCCGAUGACACCGACCGGAAAAGCUCAAAAAUUCAUAAUGCAAAAAAUGACGAUUGAAAAAUUGAAUUUACAAACCAAAUGAGCACACAAAAAUGUCUAUUGGGGGUUCUACCUAAUCAAUAAUGAAAAAAAAAUCUGGAAUAAUGAAUUUUGUUUUACAAUUUUUAU